AUGGCUGUCCUGAAGUUGCUGUCUGUGGCGGCCGUCGCCAUUUUCCUUUCAGACACCGAUUGGGCAUGCGCAACUAUUAGUGAAAAUGGAUCUGAGAGUGAUACAAAUAGUAAAUCUACACUGCCUGAAGAUGAUGGAGAAGAUUUAGAGGAGGAGCAACCAGAAAUCGAAGACGAUGGUGGAUCUCCUGACGCCACUAAUAACACGGCAGAAAGGGUCAAGUGUUGGGAGCAAAUGAACGUUGCCCGAAGCGCUGCUGGCUUCGCUGAGUUCACGCAACACAAUAUGUUUAAAAUUGGCGAAGAAAACGGGGCUGAGCCUCAAAAUGUUGCCGAGGAACUUAAGACAUACCUGGCAAAAGUCUGCGAGGGCAUUAAAACAAACCAAAAACCUGGAGACUUGACCGCCCCAAUCGAAGGUACGUUCGCCUACGCAGUUCAAGACGGGACAACUGCUGACUGCCAGGCUGCGGUGGACUACUGGAAGGACGCCUUCACCAACUUCAAGGGGGAGUUGCCUCCGGCAUAUGAAGCCAAUACUACUCCUUAUAACGACACCCAAAAUGUCUCUUUUAUUUCCCUCUUCAACCCCCAAGACGCUCCCAAGGUGGACUGCGCAUACUUCACCUGCCCUGCAUCAGCAGGAGGUGGCGAAAAGCAGAAACAAGGUACCGGCGAAGACAAGGAAAUGAAGGCGCUGAUUUGCGCCACGACUCCCGAAGCCUUGAAAGCUGGCGAACAGCCUUUUAAGCAAGAGCAGUGGAACAAAAUCACUGUGGCUCUCAGUUCCGGUAGCACCGUAGGACCAGUGCCGACAUUCCUUGCACUGGCUGCUGCUGCGCUCGCCGCUGUUUUCUUCUGA